UUGCUUACGAGUAAAUGUGAUACUUUUAUUGUCAAAGUCUUGUCACACGUCAAACGUCCACGUCCAAAAGCCAAAAGCCCACCUCGGAACAUUAAAUAGAAAGGCUCACAGGGAGGAUUUUUGAUUACAAAAAUGUCAAUCAACCAAAAAUUCUGAAGAUUAUGCAUUGUCCAGUAAAUGAAAAAUAAAAUUUUCGUUAUCUCCCAAAACUGUGAACUUCCUGUAAAGCAUCAUGUGUGUAGAAGAGGAGGAGGUGCCGGCACUAUCCACCUCCUAUUUUUGGAACUGCAUCACCUUCAGCGAGGACUGCCCUUUCUUCACCACCGUCGACCCUAAGUUGCGCUACUUUGGCUUUGGCAUAGCAAUUCUCUAUGGAGCAUUCUUGUUAAUGAUCCUUGCGGACAUGGGAUUCUUCUGGUCUUUAGACAACUUGCAACACCAAGUGGACUACUACAUAAAUCUAGUGACAACAAAAGUGAAACGUGUACAAAUGGACCAGCGCAGGUUGAUGUCCGUGCAGGAGCGAGCCACUAAGCAGAAGAAGAGGAGUGAGGACUGUACGCGGCUGGUGUCUAGUCUCCGAGGGGCGCUGCACUCUGAGAAUCCCAAAGACAUUGCCUUACUUACAAACUUCGACGAUACCACCUCAGCAGACGCAACCGACUGGAAUAGUUUCUUGAAUAUAGUAGAUUACUAA